CAACCAAUAAUAACCAUGUGGUGAGCUGUAGCGGCUGUGGUGGUAGUGGCCGGGGAGCCUGGUCCCCGCUGGCACCAUGCUUCACUUGUGGCUGCUGAAAACAGCUCAGAAUCACCCACUGUUGGUGGAGCUCAAAAACGGGGAGACGUACAAUGGGCAUCUGGUGAGCUGCGACAACUGGACGAACAUCAACUUGUGUGAGGUGAUCUGCAAGUCUAGGGACAGGGACAAGUUCUGGCUGAUGCCCGAGCGCUACAUCCACGGCAGCACCAUCAAGUACCUGCACAUCCCCGAUGAGAUCAUCGACAUGGUCAGGGAGGAGGUGGCGGCCAAGGGCAGUGGUUGUGGUGGCCUGCAGCAGCAGAAGCGACAGAAGGGCCAUGGCACUGGGGGUGCUGGGCGAGGAGGCAUCCCAGGAACCAGCAGAGAUCAGCCAGAAAGGAGGCCGGGCAGAGAGGCGGGCAAACAGUGAGCCGCCUGCCCCUCUGUUCCCUAGAGCCUGAGCCGCAACCACCGAGCAUCUGCUCCCACCCCCGAGGCCGCUUUUCUACGUUCCAGUUUAUGAGUCUGUUCAGAACAAAACAAAGAGGCAGGUGUCCGGGUAGGACCCCCUGCCUGUCAUCUGUGAUCCUCUUCUUGUUUUGUUAGCCAGGAGUUCUACAGUUGGAAAAUGUUAUUCUGUGCUUCUGGUUUUGUGAAGUUGCAGCAGACUUGAUUCCUGGAAGAUUCUGUAUGUAAUGCAUCUUUAAAGGCCUC